AUGGAUCCAGUCGAAAGUUCAAUAAUUAAAACUGGUGUUAGUAGUAGCAAUAGUGAUAAUAAGAGGAGUUCUACCCAAAAUUCAACUAUUAACGAACAGGAGCAACCUUCAGCACGAAGAACGGGAGCCUUUACAAGGAAACGAAGAAGUACUCAAAGUAAUGGAGAUGGUUCUAGUUCUUCCACAAAACAGACGUUCACUACUGCUAUAAAUCAGAUCUUGCAUAGGCGCGCAUCGAUUUCUUCACAGAGACCAAAAGAUUUAAUUGCAGAAAUAAAUACCAGUAAAAUAGAUAAUAAUAAAACACGAAAUACUUCUCCCCCAAGUCCAAUUUCCGUUAAUGCGUCGAUUCAACAACAAAAUCAACCUUUACCUUCUCAUUCAACACAGCACCAACCAACUUUACAGCGAUUGUUACGAAAGAAAAGUUUUCGUGCUUCCAGACAAUUUUCUCCAGUUUCCCCUCUCAAGCCUCCUUUCCAUUAUCGCCAACAGUUUGAAGAAGAUCCUUCUAGAGAACAAAAGUUAUUAUUUCACCAAACAAAGGACGAUAAAAUGGAAAAAUUAUUAAAAAAGGCAAAAAUUUUUUUGGAUAUAAAGCAAAGACCUAAAGCCAGAAUUGCAUCAUUAUGGAGUGUUAUAGAUGUUGCGAAUGAAUUGGAUCAGGCACAAUUUUUUCAACAAAAUUCUGGAGACGUUUUCGAUGUAGUUUAUAGUUCAUUUAUGAGUCAAGUGGAUAAAAUAAAACAGAAACCGGAUAGAUCCACGCCUUUUACAUCAAAAGAAUUUUUAAAUUUAAAUAAGAUUUUACUUUUAUUACGUAAAAUAUUUUUAUUUUUGCCUGAUAAAAUAAGGGUUGGAUGGCAAAGAAAACAAAUAGCCGAAAUAUUGUCAGUUUUACUUGAUCAUGGAAAUCAUCCUCGAGUUCGAAAACAAGGAUUUCAGCUUUUGUUAUUAUGGAUAAAUGAUCAAACAAUAGAAUUAGAUGAAUGCAUGUACUUAUAUUCAAAUGCCAUUUCAUUGGAUUUAUUUUUAUGUGAUCAAAUGAAGAAUAUAGGCGAAGAAUCGUGUAACUCAAAGGACAAUGUAUGGAGGAAAAGUCAUAUUCCUAUUGCUCUAGGACAAGAAUUAAUACGAGGUGAUCAUCGGGGUCCUUUAUUUCCAAAUCCACAUUCAUCGACAUUUAAUGAUGCGGUAAAUUUAAUUCAAGUAAAUGUAGGUAAUCUAGUUAGAUUAGCUCAUGUUGCAGCUGGAUCAAUACCACCAUCAGAGAAUUAUGAAUUUCCUGCAAUAGAAAGUAUUGAACCUGAUAAUGGGAUUGCUAUAGGAAUGGGAAUUGAUGCGGCAUUAGCUGCUGCAAAGUUUCAUUUUGAAUUAAUAAAGAAACAAUAUCUUGUGAAAAUUUUUCCUCAAUGUGCUAAAUGUCUUGGAUUAUUACCCGAAAAUCAAGAAGAUGGGUUUCAAAAAUGUCCACCAGCAAUACUUAGAGCUUUAAUUACAUUUUUUAUUCAUCAUUGUCUUGAUAAUCAUAGAAUGUCCGACAAUAUUUCUUCAUAUCCUUCACCAGCUACACCUAUAUUAAAAUCUAUAGUAUUAGGUCCCGAGAAUCGUGAAUUUGCACAUGAAAUUGUGAGACAAUCUUUGAUGUUACCAGCUGGUAGCCCUCUUUAUAAAGAUAUUGUUAGAGGUGCUGUUCAUAUAGUGGGUGUUUGGAUUCUAAGUGGGGAAGAAGAAAGGCCAGCGUACUUACGUAAGUCCCUUCAAAAUCUACCCUCACCAAUUAGUCAAAAUGAUGCAUCAACAACACCAGCUUCAACACCAUUAUCAGCUUCAUCAUUUACAAGUUCAUAUUCAGAUGCAAAUGUAUAUCUUAGAAGGUAUAUCGAAUUAUUAAAUUUGGUAUUUGAGGAUCAUUCGUUCUUAACGAUUGAUGGAGGAAUGACAAAUAUUGAAGUGGAAGCACAAGUUUCUAUUUAUCGAGAUGUUUUGUCUUUGUAUCGUUCGAUUAUGACCGAAGGCUCGAUUGAAUUAGAGUUAGAAACCUGGGGAACAAUACUUAGAUCACUUUUGAACAUUCAGAAAAGGAUUAUGAAUCAAACUGAUAAGUAUGCUCUGAUUCCUUCUGUAGCUUUGGCCGAUGAUUUAGCUGAUUACUUGAUCGAAACAAUAUUAUACGCGUUUUCUCGGUCAAAAAUUCCAGUUCCAGAAUUAUGGGGUGAACUGAAAGUUCAAAUGAGUUUUAGUACGAGGUGGUCUCAAACUAUGACACAAUGGGCUAAAAUAAUGUUGCGUUUGUCAAAGAUUUUAUCAAAACAUGUACAUCAAGUUGACCUUGAUCAAGUAGAAUUACAGAAACGUCUCUCAGUAAUGCCAUCAUCAGAACGUCAUCAUCAUCGCCGCAAACCUUCCAAAAAUCGUACAAAACAUCUUUCUUUAAAACAUAAAUCUUCAGGUAGCACUUCUUCACGUGAAGAUUUUGAUUUCUCACCAUCAGGACUACCUAAAAAUGAAAGCGGUAAAUUUGGAAGACGAACUUUGAGUAUGCAUUCAGAUACGAAUCCAUUAGAUACUAAAUUGUUAGGUGUUAGUGGACCAAAUUUGUUGAAUAUUUCAAAUCGAACAUCCGUUUCAUCAAUAUUUUUCAUUCAGCCGAAUUUUAGUAAUGAAAAACUAUCGAUGUCCUUGGCUAAUUUCAGGAGUCCAGAUUUCAUUAACCUCGAUAUUUUACCUUGGACUUCUGAAACUUCGUUGUUAGUAUGGAGAAAUAUGCUUUGUGCUUUGGGCAAUUUAAAUCACAUUCAGAUUAUUCCUCAUCACGCUGAAGCUAUUAAAUGUUUAGUGGAUAUGUUAGAUAUGUUUGGAAUGGUUUGCUAUAAUCAACUCGGAAACGUUCCCUUCCCUUUAAUUUAUGAAUUUGCUCCUUGGCUUCUUGAGGCUUGCGAUUUGCCAUUAGCCUUCGCACCUGGACGGGUAUUAGCUUAUGGAGGAUUAUGUAAGAUUAUGUCAUUUAGGCACCAUAAUGACUUCGAUGAUUCUUACUAUCAUCAUUUUUAUCGUGCUUUGUUGAAAGGGUUAUCUGAUUAUGACAAUUCUAUAAUUUAUGCGAUAAUUAAUAAUUCAGCAAAGUUAUUUUCUCAAUGUCUUCCAGGAAUUAAUAUUCUUUAUCGUUCUUUUAUUGAAUCUAUAAGAAAUUUAUUAUCAAAACAUAAUUCAAAGAGAGUUCCUGAAGGGACAAGACAAAACGCCAUUAUUAUACUCUAUUCACUUAUAUGUAUAGUAAAUCAAGUUCCAUCUGCAAAAGUUCCUCUUGUUCAAUAUAUGAAACUUGCUCAAAUUAAUGAAUUUGAUGAAUCAAGUUUCAGCUUAUUGAGUGAUGUAAGGUUUUCCGAGGUUGGAGAAACAUUAAUAAAUUCACUAUCAACAGAAACUUCAAUAAAACAUAGCGAAACGCAUAAUAUGUUAUUAUAUGGCAUUUGCACAUUCGCAUUUGAUGAACUUACUACAACAAGGCCAGGUAAGACUAUCAUUAAAGAAUGUUUCCAAGUGCUAUUGGACCAGUUAUAUUGGAGUCAUUUGCCUGUAGUAUCAGCAGCUACAGAUUGCUUAACUACAUUUGCACAAAAUUCUUCAAUGUGGUUUGAGGAUGAAGAAAUAUACGGAAUGAUACUCCAAGAUGUUUUUGCUAAUUUAAUUGGAGCUCUGAAUGAACAUAUAACAAUACAGAAAGCAACCGUGAGAAACGGGAGAGGCACUGAUCUAGGUCAAAAUGUUUUUGAUGUGAUAGAUUUGGCAUUUGAAAAUCGUGGGGUAGAAUCAUUAAAUUAUUACAAAAAAGUUUAUCCUGCUCCGCUUAGGAAUCAAGGAAAGGAAACUUCCUUUAGAUUUAAAAAAUCAACGCGUAAAGUUUCGUUAGGAAUGAAUCAUGUUGUUGGUGUUGAAAAUAAUGUUGAAGAUGAGAAUUUUGUCAAGGAAGUUGCAGAAUGUAUAUUAUUACAUUUGACACAUCAUUUUAACAAUUUUGCUCCUAUUUAUGGUCCCGCAAUGAUAAAUAGUACUUUAACCGGUCCAUUAAGAACUGACACUAAAGAAGAAGAUUGCGCCGAACAUUAUCAAUAUUUUUCUUUUAAUGAUAAGACAAUAAUCACAAUAAUAGAGAUACCAGACAAUGACAGCUCAAUAUCGCGUUUGAUAAUUCGGGAUAUUACUGGUCGUUAUGCUUGGGAUACUAAACUUUUCUAUUUAGAUGAUCCUUAUUCAAACCAAAAUAGUAUUCCAAAGCAUUGUGAAAUUACAAAUUGUAUGGAACUGAGACCUGAUAUUAAAAUUGAACCAUCAUCGAGAAACAAGUCACCAGAUUCAAAUGCAUCUCCCAGGAGUAGAUUACGUAAUCGGACAAGUAAUUUCUUUAAGGAUAAAAAUAGAUUACCUGUUUGGACUGAAAACAGUAAUAAUGGACAUAUUAAUAUGUUGGAUUAUUUGCUGCAAUACGUAAGUGAACAUACACCACUAUCGAAAGGAACAUCAGAUUAUGGCUUCCAAACUGGAUUAUCGCAGCUUGAGAAAGAAUUGGAUAGACAUAUUCAAGAAGAAAUUCAUUAUCUCAAUUCUACCGGAGGUCAAGCAUCAUCUUGGUACGAAAAUAACAUGUCAUUACGAAAUAGUAUAAGUCAAGUUAUAGAUAAUAAAAGUAAUGGAACUAAAGUAUCUAAACGACUUACAAGGAACCUACUUUAUUCAAGAUCUACAUCACAUUUAUCUCUUGGAGCAGAUUUUUCAUUAUCAAAAUCAUUCUUACCCGUUAUACCACCAGAAGCAGAAAAACCUCAAGAACCUUAUCAACAAUGUCGAUUAUUUCAAAGUCAUUUUGGAUGGUUAAAUUCUGAUACAUUUAAAGAAGGUUCAAUAUGUGUAUUAAAUAAAGGACCAGCCUUAUAUCGAGACAUUCGAUUACUUGACAAAAAGCAUUCACGUGAAAGUAUAAAGGUUGGGUUGUUAUAUGUUGGGACAGGACAAGAAGAUGAGCAAUCUAUUUUACAAAAUACGAGUGGAAGCAAAGAAUAUGAAGAAUUUGUUACAAGUCUUGGAUGGGAAAUUGAUUUAGCCAAUCAUUCCGGAUAUCUUGGUGGAUUGGAAAAAAAUUCUACGAAUGGAACUACUUCGAUUUAUUAUUGUACUUCAACUUUGGAAAUAAUAUUUCACGAUGUAACAAGAAUGCCUACAGAUCCUACAGAUCCAAAGCAACUUCGAAAGAAACGACAUAUAGGGAAUGAUCAUGUACAUAUAAUAUGGAACGAACAUUAUCGAGAUUAUCGAAACUCCACAAUAGGGGGAGAUUUUGGUAACGCUCAAAUAAUCAUAUCACCGUUCUCCACAAAUACCGGAAAUCAAAGUACCAGUUUAUAUGCGGUAGACAUUUAUCGUGAUAAAAUUCCAUCAUUUGGACCUUUAUUAAGUGGAAUGGUUAUUUCAAAAAAUAUGUUGGGACCAUUGAUAUUAAUAUGA